AUGGAUAAUAACUCUCACUUACAAAACUUCACCUAUUUCUCCUUCUUCUCUGAGGCGCAACACUCAGAUCAUGUUGCCACCACUGUUGUCGAGACCUUGGCUAUCACCGCCGUCUUCCUGGUCUCCGUGGUAGCAAAUGUGGCAGCUGCAGCCCUGGUAACCUGGGAACGCAGACUGCUGGUCAACAAGAUAGUCCUGACCCUCAACUUGUUUGUGGCCGACCUGCUGUUUGUCAGCAUGAUCCCACUGAUCGUGGCAGUGCGGUGGACCGUGUCCUGGCAGCUGGGGUAUACGGCCUGUCACACCUUGCUCUAUGUCAUCUGUGUGAGCGGCUGUGUCACCAUCACCACUCUAGCCUCCAUCAGUGUGGAGAGGGUCCAGGCCAUCCUUCGGCUGCAGGCUGUGCCCACUUUGAACAGCAGGAUGGUGACUGCCACCCUCUUGUUCAUCUGGGCCUUUUCUGCACUCACCUCCAUCCCCCUCAGUCUGUUCUUCACUGUGAUGGAAGUGGAUUUCCCUGAGCAGGAGCGUUUACACAUUUGCACACUCAAGUGGCCUGACAGAACUGGAGAGAUCGUGUGGAACGUCGCCUUCGCUGCCCUGUGCUUCCUUCUCCCAGGAUUAAUAAUUGUGGUCAGUUAUGGCAAAAUAUUACAGAUUGCUAAAAGAUGUAGGGUGAGGCUGCGACCCAGAGACAGCCAGCGCGCAGUCAGAGACUCUCCUGAAUACCAUGUCUCCCGCCAGGAUAUGAAGCUCUUCCGUACCCUUCUGGUCCUUGUGCUCUCUUUCUUAAUCAUGUGGAGCCCCAUUUUCAUCAUCACCUUCCUCAUCCUGGCCAGGAACUUCCUGGUUCACUUAGAUGUCUCCUCUACCAUGUUCUUCUGGGUGGUAACGUUCACACUGGCCAACUCUGCCCUCAAUCCCAUCCUCUACUCAGUCUGCCAGUUCAAGAGUGUGUGGCGCAGGUUCUGCUGUGGCUCUGUUGUAGCACCACUGAGGAAAAGACGUUGUGGCAGUCAUCAGACUCAAAGAGGGCAUCCAUGA